CAGUUGGAGAAGACAGUUGCAGCGUUUCGGUUCGUUUGGGUUGCAUCAAUUUUUUCUAGUUGAGAUCGCAUUUUAAUUCAUAAAUCAUUUGAAUUCUAAUUUGUUAUAAACGCGUGUAUAAAUAUAUAUAAAUUAAAGAGAACUGCGAUGGCGGAACCUACACCCGGCCACUUGUUGCUGUUGCUUGGCCUCUUCUGCACACUGGUGCCAGCUAGUUACUCGCUGAAAAUACUAGGUUUAUUUCCACACCCAGGCAUUAGUCACUUCCGCUUCUUCCACCCCCUUAUGCGGGGCUUGGCCGAGAAGGGUCAUGAUGUUACUGUGUUAAGCUAUUUUCCCGAUAAAAAUCCACCGCCAGGAUACAAAGAUCUGCCAUUAAAAGGCGAUUUGAUGGAUUCCUUAGACGUGCAGUUUUUCGAAACGCAAUCCUUCUACAAUCACUUUUUCGAAUUGUAUAUGCUUAACUACUUUGGGAAGCACGACUGCAAUGCCACAUUGCAUUCCGAGGCUUUGGCGCAGGUGUUGCGAGAGCGGCAACAUUACGAUGUGGUCAUCCUUGAGCAAUUUAAUAGCGAUUGCAUGGCAGCGGUGGCGCAUCAACUCAAUGCGCCAUUUAUAGGGAUGGUCAGUUCUGUUAUGCUGCCUUGGCAUUACGAACGCAUGGGCGUGCCCAUGGUAACGUCAGUUAUGCCAACAUUAUAUUUGGGAAAUUCCGAAGACAUGACAUUCGGCGCUCGUCUUGCCAACUGGUUCACCCAUCACGCCAUGCGUUUCCUUUACGAUAAUUUCAACACGCCCGCUAUCGAUGCCAUGGUACGUGAAAAAUUCGGACAAAACACCCCCUCAGUUGCCGAAUUGGCGAAGAAAACAUCAAUGUUAUUCGUCAAUCAGCAUUUCUCAUUGAGCGGUGUGAAACCGCUGCCACCGUCCGUUCUCAAUCUCGGCGGCAUGCACAUACAGAAGGCCAAGCCGCUCGUUGCCAAGCUGAAAAAGUUCAUCGAUGGUGCCGAACAUGGUGUGGUCUUCAUUAGUUGGGGUUCUAUGCUACGCGCCAACACUUUGCCGGCCGCUAAACGUGAGGCUAUCGUACGCGCUGUGAAGCAACUCAAACAACGAGUGAUUUGGAAAUGGGAAAACACCACCCUGGAGGACAAGCCGGAUAAUCUGUAUGUUAGCAAGUGGUUGCCACAACGUGAUAUACUCUGUCAUCCGAAUGUGAAGGUGUUCUUAUCGCAUGGCGGUCUUAUGGGUACUACGGAGGCGACUUACUGUGGUGUACCAGUAGUGGUCACACCCAUGUUUGCUGAUCAGUUUUUGAAUUCGGCGGCGUUACAGUACCGCGGUAUGGGUGUGGAGAUGAAAUAUCACGAUAUCACUGAGAGUAGAGUUCUGAGCUCGAUAAGAGAGGUGUUAAAGAAAGAAUAUUUGGAUAAUGCCAAAGCGAUUUCAUCCGCCUACAAAAAUCGUCCGCAGAGCCCACUCGAGACUGCCAUUUGGUGGGUGGAAUAUGUCGCCAAAACCAAGGGUGCGCCACUCAUUAAAGCUCAUGCCGUGCAUGUAUCACGCUUCGUUUACCACUCAUGGGAUAUUUAUCUAUUCAUUGCUGCCAUUAUAUUCAUAACGGUUGUGAGUUGGAGCUUUAUAUGUAGUAGAUGGUGCUCGCGGCGUCCAAAGGCCGUUAAACAAAAGUCAAAUUAAACGAGGAGGUGCGAAUUUCAGACGAAGAGAGUUAGUUCAAUAAAAUGUAAAUAAGAAAUUUUAAUUUGAGUACUUUAUGUGAUCUCUCAGUUAUAUUAGUUAACUCAUAGCUGUAAUUCAUAACUGAGUUUAAAACAACUAAUUCAUGUAAUCAUCACAAUUAGUGUAAUUUGGCUCAUAAGGAGCCUGAAAGAAGAGAUUAAAGUUAAAAAAUUAAUAAAUAAAAUCAACAUAAA